AUGGCCGGUGGCGCCCCCCGCCCCGCCGCCGGUGCCGCCGCGAGGUCCAACCCCGGCAGAUCCACUCCGGCAUCCUCCGUGGCCUCCCUCCUACGACCUCUUCGGCGCCCCACCCCCGCUUCCUCCUUCGACUCGUUCAAGGGCCUCACCACCAACAGCAGCAGCAGCGCGGCGAGGGCCAAGCCGGCGCCUUCCUCACCCCCGGUCUUCGACGACAACAUCUUCGACACGGUCCUCGGGCUACGGCCCUCCCAACUCCUCCGCGCGGUACGACGACGGCGUGUUCUAGGCGGCGGCCCCGGCUACGACGACGUGUUCGCGACCGGCACUACCUCGCCGCCGUCGACCACCUCGCCUCCUACUCCUCCUCCUCCCCCGCCAUCUCGGGCCGCGCGGGGCUCGCGGUUCAGUUCGCCAUGGCGCGCCUCGAGGAUGAGCUCUGCCACCUCAUCCUCCGCCACGAGGUGCCGCUUGAUUCCAGCUGCCUCUUCUGCAGAGGGUGCAGUGGGUCGGUGGAUAGCGAUGGAUGGGGUGAGACGUGGUUCUCCGGCAGAGUCACGAGAGUCACGGGGGUGA